AUGAGUGAAAUCGACUUGGUGCAUCACUACCGAGUGUUGAAGCAGUUUCUAGAUAUCUCCGAUGACCUGAGUUCCCGCAACAAGUCCAACUCCACCCGUGCAGCAAGAGCUCGCGAGAAGCUCCUCAAGCUCUCAGGAGCUCAAUUCCGCGAGUUGAGCACCGAUGUCUACGACGAGCUCAAGAGACGUAUCGACGAGUCCCGAGGCGAACCCGACUACUUGUUGCCCAAGUCCUCGUUCCACCCCAAGAGAAACCAGGCAAGACAAAAGUUAUCGUCCUUGCCGCAGACCCGUUUCAAGGACUUGGUUUCGGACAUUCUGUUUGAGAUCGAGAGAAGAGAUCUCCACAUCGAAAAGGCUUCUGUGCCUGAGUCCUCGCCCACAAAGUCCGUCAGUGACCACCACGACCCCAUUGCCCACGAAUCCAACGAACGCCAGUCGAUUGCCGAGGUCAUCAAAUCGGCCAGUCACACCUCGUCUCCUGCCAGAGAUUUGGAUUUGGAUUCCAAGAAAGACUCGAUUUCGGACGCCCAGAACCAGACCAUGGGUAUCCAGUCUAAAACAGUCAUCCCCACCAAGGCCAAUUUGACCUGGUCCAGCGACGAAGAAGAGGAGGAAGAGGAAAUCAGCAAUCACAACAAUAAAGAGAUUGGCAACUCAAGCCUUUUGGAACAAGAAAUAGCGAAGAAGGACCAGUUGAUCUCUCAGUUGAAUGAUAAAAUUGCUGAAAUCGAGCAUGAGAAAGAUUCCAUCAACCAAAAGUACCACUUACUUCAAGAUGACUACGAAUACUCGGUGUCUCAGAAUAAAUCGCUCAGCAAUGAACUCGAUGCCUUAAGUGAGGAAAAGAAAUCAUGGAUUUCAACUCAAAGAUCUAUCUCUCAGUCUGAUGAUUUAAACAAAGAAGUAGACACGUUGAGAUCCAGCAUUGCCGCUUUGAGGUUGGAAAACCAAUCCUUGAAGAACAGCAGCCCACAACGCCAACUCACUAAAGAACACAACGGUUCAGUCAUCACUUCGCCAACCUCAGCCAAGAAUCAAAGAGACCAAAGUUUGAAGAAAGAUAUGGAAUCAUUCUUCGAGAGAUUGUCGAACUUGGAAGCCUUGCCUGCAAAGCAAGGAAACUUGCACACUGAACUCAAGAAUGAUAUCAUCAAAUGGCAAAAGAAGUAUGAGCAAGCCCGUUCCAACUCUUUAUCUUCCGAUAUUACCAAUGCUGUAUUGAGCCAGGAUGAAUUGAAAUCAUUUGUUGCCCCAUACGGAUUGAUUUCCAUCAGGUUGGUCGCAGAUUUGCAGGCUUUGGUCGAAACAUUCUUGAUCUACUUGAAUGGUAAGCGCUCUGAUUCAGACAUUCUUUUCGAAAAGAUCUCGAAGAUUUCAAUCUUGGCCAAUGAAAUUGCUGCCCAAGGCGACAAUCAACAUUUCAAUAGUAAUGAGCAUUCUAUCUGUCUUAGAGAAGCUGUGAGUUAUGCACUCAGUGCAACCAGAUAUUACGCAGUCUACUCAUCUAUCUUACCUAAGAUUGUUGUUGAGCGCUCUGUGGGAGAAAUUUGCUUCACAUUGUGUGAUCUUAUCACAGUAACAAAGCUCAAUGAAGGCUCGGCCAAUUCUAGAUCUGUUGAUGCUGCUGCCACUAAUGCUGUGCAAACUAGCAAAGCUAAAGUUGAUGAGGAUUUCGGUGCAAGACCUUUAAGAAUGGCCAAUAGAUUGCGUGAAGCCCAAUCCAGCUCUGGUUCCCCUAGCGAGGAACAAAGCUCCCCUUUCAAUCCACAAGAGAACGAGAAUUCAAACACCUCCAGAAAGCAAAAGCGUUCUGUUGAACAACCUGUUGUGUUACCAAUUCAGACACCAGAAGAGACUACUCCUGCUGAGUCCACAAUGAAUGCUACCCAGCCAUUAAAUGGAUUUGCUAAAAACGAGGCUGCUAAUGAGUCUAGUGAUGUCGUUCCUGUUUCCAUAAGCAAAUCUGAAUCAACUCCAAUCAAAGAGACCAAGCUCCCUAGAUUCACCACCCAAGAACAGCCCCUGACUCAGAGAUCACUCUCGAACACCAUUCCGGAAGUUUCCCAAAAGCAACCUUCGCCAUUGAGAAAAGCUGAAUCGCCAAAGAGUAAGAAUAUCACUGCAUUAGCCUCUAAGUUCGAGAAUUCACCUACGAAUGAAUUCAAGAAUGGACAAUCAGCAUCCACCUCGUCAUCACCAAAUGGAAAACGACCAGGAGUAUUAAAAAUCGCAUCUAGACUCAACAGCUCCAGUGACAUCUUGUCGAAGGCACCUGAAACCCAAUCUCCUCCAGCCAGAAAGAAGAACAUUUUGGAUAAGGUGAGACAGUUCGAGGUUGCCGAAGAACAACCUUUGAACGUCAAGAGUAAAUCCUCUCCAACGGCACUGAACCACAGCAGAAAGAGCUCUCUUGUGUUAGACCUGGACAACGAUGAUAGCGUAAUCAGACAUGAGGUUCCCAAAGAAAUUGGAACCAAAUUGAAUGAACCUUUCGAGGCUGGAUUAUUCCAAAGCAUAAGAGACAGAUUAAUUUCUGACAGUGAUAGUAAGGUCAUUGAUGAAACCACAAACUCGGAAGAGGGUAACUCUGAUAACGAUAAAGUUGAGCUCAGUACUGACAAAGUGUUGACAUCCACAGCCGAAACCACACCCUCCAAGGAGAAUGAGGAAGAUGACCAAAGAAGCAGUGCUAGUUUGAAGUUGGGCAGUUUCGGUUCACAUGGAAAUGAAGACUUGAAAUCAAGUUUGUCUACUUCGAAGCCCCAAGUUUCCAAGAAGGUCAACUACCUGAGUGACACCAAGACCACCAACAUUGACGAUAGUGCCAUAGAGUCAGAGGAGGAGGAGGAAUCAGAAGAAGAAGAAUCGGAGGAAGAAUCGGAGGCUGAUGAAGAAUCAGAGGCUAGACAAAGACAGGAGUACCGUAAAUCGAUGGCUGCUGCUACAUUCAAUGUUGACUUAUUCGACAUCGAUGAUCCUGAUAACACCUUGACCCAAGUGUUGCUCUACUUGGAACAUCAAACUGUCCAGGUCAUUUCCACCAUUCAAUCUUUACUCUCUGCCAUCAAGAAGCCAAACGCUACCAGAGGAGAUUUGCGUGAAAAAUCGCAAGCCAUCACUGAGGUUAUAUCACAAAUGACAGAAGCUACCAACACAUCCAUGAACCAAACCCGUAACGCUCAAUUGAAGGAGCACGGUAGCUGGGUUGUGAAGAGCUUGGAGGAUUGUUACCACCGUAUGAACAUUUUGUGCAAGCCAAACACUGACAAGAGUGACAGCGAUUUCGCUGACAAGAACUUCAAACAAAGAUUGGCUGGAAUCUCGUUUGACAUUGCCAAGUGUACCAAGGAAUUGGUCAAGACUGUCGAAGAGGCUAGUCUUAAGGAAGACAUUGCUAACCUCGACGCUAGAUUGGGUCAGCAUGACGACUUGACUUAG